AUUGUUUUUCAGAUUAACAGAAGCACACAGGGCUGCUGUGAAAGUUAUUCGGCGUAUGCAGUAUUUUGUUGCCAGGAGAAAAUUUCAGCAAGCUCGCAAACCAUACGAUGUGCGAGACGUUAUUGAACAAUAUUCCCAAGGACACCUGAAUAUGAUGGUCCGGAUCAAAGAAUUACAACGCAGGUUGGAUCAUUCUCUGGGAAAGCCUGCAUUUUUUCUUCCAGAAAAGGGAUUAGACAAGGGUUACUACACUGCAGGAGCCAGACUGAUUCGUCUAGAAGAUAAGAUCACAAAGAUAGACCAGAAAUUGGACAACAUCCUGAUUCUGUUGAAAGACCAACUUGCCAUACAACAGCUGCCACAUUGCUCAGGUUCCUCACCAUCAACUAUCAGCCUCUCUGUCCCCACUCCAGAGACACAUGCAAUUACUUCUGAAGCUUAAGGCUGCAUUAGCAGUGAUUUCAAUGAAAGAAUCCAAACUGGUGAACGUUCUUAGAGCACCAGUGGACAAAAAAUAUAUCCAGAUGAAUGAAAAUUGCCCUUUCUCUAGGGGUAAUAGUUAUGGCCCAUUUCUGUUGAAAAAUAUACUUUCUCUGUAAAACGUGUUUAUUUUGUAAAAAUGUCUAUCAAUCUUCCUUUUUAGCUAAUGGAUUCUAAAUGUUUUACCAUGGGAAUUUAAAGCGUUGUUAAUGUUUUGCAAAUCAAGUUUUUAAACGUCCACUGAACACACUCUUAAUGAGUCAGUAUUCCUCCAUGUUGAAGAUCACUUGGAAGCAUCAAAUAGGAAGGUCCUAGGAUAGAGGACUUCACAAUCCAUCCCCAAAGGUAAGCUCAAUCACUGACUGCACUGCCCGCAAGUUCCAAAGGUUCUACUGCCAGUGCUGUGGCAGGUUCUGGAAGAACUAAUACCAGGGAACAAUUACUUCACCAUUUUCUCCCCCAGUCUGACUGUCAUAGAUGCAUCCAUCCACAUCAGAGAUCACCAGCACACAGUCAUGGACUUAUAGAGACAAAGUCUUUAUACCAAGGACAACGGGUUUGUAGGUUAAUUGGCUUGGUAUAAAAUGUAAAGAAAUUGUCCCUAGUGUGCGGUCGCUGGUCGGUGCGGACUUGGUGGGCCGAAGGGCCUGUUUCCACGCUGUAUCUCUAAACUAAACUAAACUUGAAUCGCUUAUCCCGUCACCUCCAAUGUCUCCCCACCACAAAUCACAGUUUAAUUGUUGGCUCUUAGCUCCAUCGACUUCUUGAUUUUCUGAACUAAGGACCUUUUUAUUGCCUUUAUCCCACAAACAAAAUGAAGACUACAAAAUUGUAUAAUUUUUCUUGUCUUUUUUUUA